AUUAUAUAUGUCUGGUGUUGUUAAGAAUAUUGGUAUUAUAAUCGUCUCCUACUUAGUGUUACCUUAUGAUGUUAAAGUUAAUUAAUUCUCUACAGAUGUUGUAUUUUAUAUUAGUGUAUAUUAAUUAUUAGUUUAUAAAUAUAGUAUUUUUUACUAUACCCACGUUUGUUAAUUUUUUUUACAAUUAUGUUUAGUGUGUAGUCACGCUCAUUUAGAAUAAUAUAUUUUGUUGUUUAUAUUUUAAAGUAUAUAUUUGAUUUAAGCUCAACUCACCAAUCGCAAUGAAGGAGCCGUGUUCCUUGUUAAUAUAUUCCUAUUUAUUUUUCGAUUUUUUGGUUACAGAAUCAACUACGUGACCACCUAAAGUACCAACUAGAUUCACUAUCAGAUAUAAUUCUGUUGAAGACUAUCUAAGUUUUAUUAAAGCCAUGGGUAGCAUUUUUCGAGGUUUAGUAAGUUCCCACAUGAAAAGAAUUACACCCGUACGUAAGUUCCCACACGAAAAUUUAUUCGGACUUAGGACUCACAACUUAAACGUAGUUGGUCCAAAUAUAUAAUAAAAAUUAAUAAUAUAAUGUGUAGGUAUGGUUAGGUAUAACCUAACCUAACCCGUGCGAGACGUACCGAAAUUUGUAUACAUAGUAAUAUAUGAUCUAAACAUCACGAUGUUUGAUUUUUUAAAUCAUAAAACAUUAAAUAGGUAGGUGAAAAAUAACAUCGAUACUCAAUGAUAAUAAAUAAUAAUAAAUUAAAUGUCUUUAAAAUAAAAUGAAUAACAUAUUAGUAUAUUACCAUUACAGGUUGCGAAAUUGUAUUUAUUUAAAAUUUAAAACUGUGUUGACAAUUCAAAUAUUUCUUAUUUAAUUUUUAAAAAAUAUGUAUCUGUUUUUUAUCAUAUGAAAGAUUUGUGCCUUAAAUAGUGGGUGAUUAUGAGUAGGUGAAUUAAAGUAUGUAAUAUUUUAAUUGUUUCUUCCAUCAGAGUUCAGAUUUCUUAUUUAUUGACUUAGCCCACCCUGCCACAAAUGUUUGCACACGCCUAUGCACAGUAUGACUAUGUAAAGUGUUUGAGCUUUCACAAUAAGCAAAAAAAUAGUAUAUUGUAUGGCAAGGGCGGGAAGUGAGACUGAAAUUGCCUUCCCACACGAGCCACACAUACUACGCCUCUGCGUUCAUUGAUCCCGCCAUCACGGCAAAGGUAAUUUAGGCUAGGAUCUAUGCAACAACCAGACUAUUCUACGAAAACAAUAUUUCAUGAAAGAAACGAUUUGGUUUUAUUUAUUUUAAGCGUCAUGCAUGGGGUUAUUAUAUGAAUAUAAGAUGUAACCAAAAGGGGAUUUCCACUUUACCACCCGGUACUUUUGGGGAUUCCCACUUUACUGCCUGCUGUACGGAAAAACAUCGCUUUCCAACGCUUCAACCGUCAUCGAAAACUAAACUUUCGGUGCAGGCGUGACACAAAAUUUAUUUUUUAUCUAUUAUUAUAACUAUUAUUAUUUUAUACCCAUACAAAUAAUAUGUGGAUCAUACCUACACAUAAUAUUAUUAAUUUUUAUUAUAUAUUUGAACUAGAUUCAAUUUAAAAAUUGAUUAUACUUUUUUUAUGCAACACGAAAACAAACAAAUUUUAACCACACCAACUACUUUUAAUUUGUCAGUCCUAAGUCUGAAUAAAGUGGGAAGGAAGUUUGUAUUCGGUGUAAUUUUUUUUCGUGUGGGAACUUACUUAUGCACACCCGGGUGUGAUUUUUACCUGCUAUAUCUCGCGUGGGAACUUACAUUCACCCCAUUUUUCUUUGGGUAAGUCACGGUGUCCGGAGAGAAGUGCCGACAUCCCCCACCUUGGCAUGGCAGAUACCUAUGGAUGCCCAAUAAAAAUCUGCCAAACACACACACAAAACCACAGUUCCAAAGGCUAAUAACUCCUUUACCUCUGUACUUGAAGCCUCAACCCCCGCCCCCACCAAAAAAAAAAAUUAUUUCAUAUACACAUGAUUACAAAAUAUUUCAAAAUAUUACAUAAAAUAUGAUAUUAUUAGUAUUUAAUUUAUAAAAAUUCAUUAUUUUAGCAUCCGGAAUUUUGUGUGACAGAAAACUCGAAAGACGACAAGCUGUAUCAUCUUGCUCAGUGUUGGUGACUGUAAUACAAAUAAUUAUUAUGUUAUUAUAAGCGGCGAAAAUAGUGGUGUUUAGGGCCAUAGAUAAAUAUGGGGGCUUAGAGUCCUAAAGCGUUAAUAAGCACCAUCAACCAAUAUAUGAAUUUUAUUUAAUAUUAGAUAUUCAUAGUAGUAUAGUACUAACUAGUGACUACACAUUAUAAUUAUUAAGAUUAAAACCUUUUUUUACGUUAAUUAUGUAAAAAAUUAACUUUACAUACUAUCCAGUAUCCACACAUUUUUUUUCUAUUGUUAUAUUUUGACCACGCAUAGGUCAUCGAAUUCUGACAUUCCCUAUAAAAUUUAAUUAUAUGCUCUGUAAUAUAAUUGUUAAUUAUUCUUGAAACUAUUUUAUAUUAAUCUUUUCAAGUACUCUAUAAAAAUUUCAAAAAUUGUUUUAUUAAAUGUUUUAUUUAUAUUUGCUUGAAUAAAGUGUAGCUACUAGGUUACUCUUUCAAGUAACUCAUGUCAAGUAUUUUGCUGUAGCAAAUAUUCUUAUUGUAAAAUAAUUGACAGAUUGUAUAUUGACAAAACAGAAAAUAAAAAAUAUAAAUAGUAUAAAACAAUUUUUUUUUCUAUACCUCAUUGUAUUAAUUGUAUUAAAUAAUAAUUUGUUGCACAUUUUAAUAAAAUUAUAGAAACCCUGAGGAUAUGUUUUAUUGUUCAAAUGGACUGUGUAUUGAAUGGUCAUGGGUUUGUGAUGGUCGUAAGGAUUGUUCAGAUGGUUCAGACGAGACCAAAGAGUUGUGUGCUCAAUAUGAGUAUGGACCAAAUACGACCACAAAUUGCGGAAGAGUGUAUUCCAAUCGCCCUCAAUAUAUCCAAAAUGAUAUGUUUGAAAUUGUUGGAACGGCACCAUGGUAUGCUUUAAUAAGUCGACAAUCUAAAGAAAUGAUCGAAUAUCGCUUGUCUUGUGGAGGGUCAAUUAUCGCUCCAAAUGUAGUAAUUUCUGGGGCUGAAUGUUUUUGGGAAGAUGUUAUGUUUUCUAAUAAAAUAUUAGUUCAGGAUAAUAAAAUUAUUGUUACUGCUAUUGACAAUAACAAUCUUCAUCAAAUAAAUAGUGUGGAAAUAAUUUACGUAAAAGAAGGUUAUAAUGGAAAACAUGGGUCUUAUGCUGAAGAUAUUGCUAUUAUUGUGUUAGUGGAAAAAUUUUUGUUUAGUAAUGAUUUUGCACCUGUUUGUAUCGAUUGGAAUAGUAUAUAUAAAGUAGAGAAUGGAGAUACAGGAAUGGUUAGUUUAUGGAACAAGAAGAAUGACUCACAAAUUCUUGUUUUAUUAGAAAGAUCGGUUCAAUUCAUUAACCCUAUUACUUGUCGAAGUAUAAAACCAGACGUAUUUGAUCAAUAUGUGACUAUUGAUAAGUUUUGUUCCAAUUUUACACAGGAAAAAGAAAUAUCGGCUGAAGAUCUUGGAACAGGCAUAUCCUUUUUACACUUUAAUUCAUAUUAUUUAACCGGGAUACAUAGUGUCAAUAGUUAUGAUUUAAGCAAAACAAGCGAACCAGUCUUAGGUUUUACAGACAUUAAAUACCAUGUCCAAUGGAUUCGUGGAGUUUUAAAUAAACAUUUCAUAGGGAGUUCGUGCGUUUUACCGACCGUCGAAGGAGUUGUAUAUUCUUAUGAAGGUUCUAAUGAUAUUUUAUCUCACGGGACAUUAAUUAAUAAUAAACUUACAGUUAUUGAGAAUUGCGAGGUUGGAUAUCAUAAGGCGUAUACAUAUAGCUUUAGGUAUUGUCUGGGAAGAGGAAAAUGGUUAUCCAAUUUUGAUAAAUUGUGUUUCAAAAUGUGUCCACCUCUAGAAUCAGAUAGUUUAGAUAUUAAAUGCAGUCAUAAUUGUAAGUAUACUAAUUGUUCGAAUUUAUCGAUACCCGAUACAAUAGCAAUACCAUCAUGUAAGCCAACAUAUAUUGCACCAAUUGGAAUAGAUGCGGCUCCACUUGAAUUACAUUGUCAGUCUAACGGAACGUGGAAUAAACAACUAUAUAGUUGCAACCCAUAUUGCGGUAGAGUAUAUAUCCAAAACCAAGUAUUGGUCGAAAAUGGCGAAAAAGCACUUGUUGGAACGGCACCUUGGAAUGUUGGAAUAUAUCAAUUAAAACAAAAAAACUAUAAUUAUGACUUGAUUUGUGGAGGAUCAAUUAUUGCACCAAAUUUAGUCAUAACUGCGGCUCAUUGUUUUUGGCAAAAAGGUAUGUUAUCUAAUAACAUAUCAAUAAACAAUGGUCUAUACAAAAUCGCUGUUGGAAAAUACGAUAGAAAUUUUACAAUUAUUGACAAUGAUUUUACUCAAAUAAUGAAUGUGGAAAUUAUUUACCUGAAAGAAGGUUAUAAUGGACCUACUGGGUUUCAUGCUGAAGAUAUAGCUUUUAUUGUGUUACAAAACAGAGUUUCUUUUAAUAAUGAUGUUUUACCUGUGUGUAUCGAUUGGAAUGGUAAAUACAAUGUGGUCAAUGGAGAUCAAGGAAAGAUCGUUAGUUGGGGAAAGACGAAAACAGGCAUUUCAAGUCCUAUUUUAUUAGAAUCAUCUUUACCAUACAUCGACCAUAGCUCUUGCCGGAAUAUAUAUACGAAUGGAUUUGAAGCAUGUAUUUUGACUGAUGAUAAAUUUUGUGCUGGUUCUGCAUUAGUUUCAGGACAAGGAGUGUGUGAGGGAGAUAGCGGUGCAGGCUUAAGCUUUUUACACUCUAAUUCUUAUUAUUUAACCGGAAUAGCGAGCGUGAAUGAUCCAAAUACAAAUAAUUCAAUCGCAACUUUUACAGAAAUUAAGUACCACAUUCAAUGGAUUCGUGGAUUGUAUAACAAAUAUAACUAUAUCUAAUAAGAUUAUGCUAAUGAUAUAAAAAUAUUUUAUUACAAUUGUAAAUGAAAAAAAAUAAUUGGAUAAAGAAGUCUUCACUUACCUAUGUGUAAAAAAUUUUAACCGUUCAUAAAAUUCUUCAUUUAAAUUAAAUAUAAUAAGUGCAUAAUAUGUCAUAAUACAUUGGUAGUACCUAAGCAUUAUACAUAUAAUUGACACAUAUUAAAAUCGAACAGUUAUUAGUUGAUACCAAUUUUGCCUUGUACAUUCAUAUUGUUUCAUAAUUAUUAUACAUAGUACCUAGUUAUUGUUAAUUUUAUUUGA